ACGAGUCGCGGCGCCGAGCAACGAAGUCGUUCGACUCGAGCCGUGUGUGCGGCUGCAGUCACUCGUGGAAUCCUGAGUCGUGUCAGUGGUCUGGCGGACGUGGUCGCGCGCGAGUGUUUCGUUGAGAAUCGGUCGCCUCGCUGUCGGUGAGAAAACGGUGUGGAAAAGGAAUAAUAACGUUGUUGGCGAGGGAUAGAAGAAAGAGGCGAGUAAAGGUGCGCGUUUUCUUUCGGUGUAGUGAAAGGAAGAAAGGGGGGUCUACGAAGAACGAUUCCACGCGUUCAAGAAUCCAUCUCUCUCGACCAUCCUUCCAAAAAGGACGUUGGAAAUCGUGCUGGGAGACGGACAUUCCUCGAGUCUUGUGUUGCUUGCGUGCGGGUAUCGACUAGUUUCUUGGAAGACUCGGAAGACGUUUCCUCUUUGUCAGAGGUGAAGAGCGUGGCGAAGGUCGAAGGAAAAAGUAGUUAACAGCCUUGCACCUGGCGCACACACACACACACAAACGUACUUCGUCCCUGACGGCUUUUGCAACUGAAUCCCGAUACGAGAUCUACGUUCUUCGUCGUCGAUCCUAUAAUAUACAUUGCUAUUGUGUAUAUUCUUUCGAUAUAUAUAUAUACAUACACGAGUAUCGUCGAUGAAUGGUCGACGCUAAAUACACGAAACGUUCUUUGAAAUCAACCGAUCCGACGACCACGUUGGUAGUCGUUAAUCUCGCCUCCAUUUCAAUCCACCACCACUAUUCAAUAGCGAUAUAAUUCUACUAUCCUCGAAAAUAACAGGCUUCGCAUCCCUUCGUAUCGAAGCGCGGCAUUCGAAAGAGGAAGAGAAGGAUACGCACGUGUUCCACGCGACGGAAACGCAUCACUGCCAACGAGGCCGGGCAUCCGCCAUUCGAACGAGAUUCUGGGACCAGCUGUGGAGGACGCCUUUUCUUCUUCGACUCGAGUUAUUAUCGCUGUGCAUCCUGUAAACAGGUUACUCGUCGCGCGGCAAAAAAAGUCUCGCGUCGAAGGACGUGUCGUAGCUGUGUACUUUCGUCGUUGUGUUUGGAGACGUUUUUCAGCGACCGUUUACGCGGAAAAUCGUAAGAAAUAUAAAGACGGGAGGAGGGAAGGGAUCGGAUGGUCGUGGCCUUUGCUCGAAAAAGUGCAGAGUAUAUGUGUGAUACAGAGUGUCGGUUAGGUCGUUCGAUAACCCGCCCCGUGUUCCGCCAAGUGAAAACGCCGCGUGGAUGAUAAUUGGCGAUAGACGACCGACCGACUCGGUACGCGAUUUGGUGCGGUUAAUCGAAGCUUUAUCCCGUCGUUGCUUGGUCGUGAGGGAGGGUUGCGACAACAGGGUGGAAGGAAAGUUUUGGAUAAGGAAAGACGGGAAAGGAAAAUUGGAGAGGAGUGACAAUCCUGCCCGGCCAAGUUUACCGGAAAACGAACGGCUGGGCUGCCACGUCGAUACGAGAUAGCUGACGAGAAUUCCGAGUCGAUGAGAUCGAAGCAAAGGGACGCGAGCUGAAAACGCGCGGCCGCCGUCGUUGAAGGCUACUUAAAACGACCAUUGAGCACUCGUCGGGGUGCUCGAAUUACCUACAACAGGUGGCCCGCAACUCCGCCAAUACGAGCGAAACAUCUGCAACUCCGGGCGGCUUGUGGGAGUGCAGCAAGUGCCUGGACGAGAUGCGGCUGAUGCAGAGGUUGGCGAUCAGCGGACUCCUGUCCGUGAUACUGAUCGUCCUUCUCACCGGCACGUUCGUCACGCGUCGUGAUCUCGCGAACGUGGUGGAGCGUGGAGGGGCGCCCGAGGAGCGCAGCAGCGAGCAGCAAGCGAACCCCGCAUGGGUGCAGAGUAACGCGAUCCCGGGCCAGGACGAGGCGAAACCCCUCGAGGAUAAGGAUCGAUGGGUGGACCCGAGGCAGAGACAGUCGGAGCCGUCCGCGGUCGGACCACCGCCGGUCCCCGUCCCCGGGCCCUACGUCAUUAAACCGCCUAAUCCACCCCUGGAUGACGUGACUAAUCAGCGCCGCGAGAAGAUCAAAGAGAUGAUGAAGCAUGGCUGGGACAACUACGUGAGAUACGCCUGGGGGAAGAACGAGCUGAGACCGAUCUCGAAGAGGGGUCACAGCGCGAGCAUCUUCGGCGCGUCGAACAUGGGGGCGACCAUCGUAGAUGGCCUCGACACUCUGUACAUCAUGGGCCUUCACGACGAAUUCAAGCAAGGCAGGGACUGGAUAGCCGAGAACCUCGACUUCGAUAUCAACUCGGAGAUAUCCCUCUUCGAGACGAACAUUCGUUUCAUGGGGAGCUUGUUGGCCUGUUACGCUCUCACGGGGGACGUGAUGUUCCGGGAUAAGGCGGCUCAGCUCGGCGAGCGGAUGUUGCCCGCUUUCCAGACGGAAACCGGAAUUCCUCAUUCCCUCAUCAAUCUGCACACCGGGGCGAGCAAGAAUUACGGGUGGGCGAGCAGCGGGUGCAGCAUCCUGUCCGAAAUUGGCACGAUGCACCUCGAAUUCACCUAUUUAAGCGACAUCACCGGGAAUCCGGUUUUCAAGAGCAAGGUCGAGAACGUGAGGAAGGUGCUGAAGAAUCUGGAGAAACCGAAGGGGCUGUAUCCAAACUAUAUUCACCCGAAGACGGGGAAAUGGGGCCAACAUCACAUGUCGCUGGGAGGGCUUGGCGACAGUUUCUACGAGUAUCUGCUGAAAGCGUGGAUCCAAUCCGGCAAGGAGGACGUCGAGGCCCGGCAAAUGUACGACGAAGCGAUCGUGGCCAUAGAUCAACACAUGAUCAAGACUUCGCAGGGCAAGCUCCUCUACGUGUCAGACUUGAAAUACGACAGGCUGGAGCACAAAAUGGGUCAUCUGGCGUGUUUCGCCGGUGGUAUGUUCGCGUUAGGCGCGAAAACAUUGCAAAACGAAUUGUCCGAUAGAUACAUGACGAUAGCCGCCGGUCUCACCAACACGUGCCACGAGUCGUACGAUCGAAGUUACACGAAACUCGGCCCCGAAGCCUUCCACUUCAUCGAGGGGAACGAAGCGAAGAGCUUGAAGAACGGCGAGAAAUACUACAUCCUUCGGCCGGAGACCUUCGAGUCGUACUUCGUGAUGUGGCGGCUGACAAAGGAUCCCAAGUACCGUGAAUGGGGAUGGGAGGCCGUUCAAGCUCUCGAGAAAUACUGCCGUGUUCCAGGGGGGUUCACGGGGCUCCACAAUGUUUACCUGGUCGAUCCGCCACAGGACGACGUCCAGCAGAGCUACUUUUUCGCCGAGACGCUCAAGUAUCUCUACCUGCUGUUCAGCGACGACGAUCUCAUAAAUCUAGACGAAUGGGUGUUCAACUCCGAGGCGCACGUGCUUCCCAUCAGGGGCAAUCCCCUGUACCGGCCAGCUCCCUCUUUAUAAUUCAAAGAACCCUCAUACCUCGAAGAAACCACGCACCGAUGACGCAGUGAGACCCCUCCAACUGCUCUUGAAACACCGGAAGUCAGUCCUCCGCUGCGCACCAGGAAAGAAGAGCAACGUGAUCCAUGAAAAGAAGAAACGAAGUCGGAAUACUAUUUGGCUACGAGGGAUGUAAAUAAAGAAGAAGAACGCGGGGGAAAAAAUUCGACGGUGUACGUGAUACGAGGGGAGGGGGGAAAAAAAAGAAAAAAAGAAAAAAGAAAAAGUAGAGCAGUGAUCGAACGUUUCUGGAUUUAGAGUGUGAGAGAGAGAGAGAGAGAGAGAAUGAGAGAGAAUAAGAACAAAACGUUGUUAAUUGUGAAAUUGUAGACAGACGAACAAUGAAAAUAGGAAAAUGAAAAGAGUGGGGGAGGCGGUAGGACGAUGUGAAUACUCAUCCCGAAAAACCGCAUGUCACCGCCUGUGAAUAAUUAAAAAUAAUUAUUUUAGGUAAAACGAGAUAAUAGGGGGCAGGGAGCGUGGGGAGAAGAUAAUAACGAACAUUAUUUAAAACGAGGAGAUAUAUUGCAUCUGAGACACUUACAUAAAGAUAUAUACACACACAUGCAUACAUACACAAGACACACAGAAGAAAACAGAGUACGUUUGUAAAUAGCGAAGAAAAGAGCGAGUGCGUGAGAAUAAAAAUAAUAAUAGAAAACGCGAGAGAAAGAGGGAGUGAAAGAAUGAGAGAGAAUGUGAGAAGGGAGAAUUUGAAAUAGGGUGCGAAAGGGAGUGAGAGUGAGAGAGAGAGAGAAGUAGAUCGAAAUUUUUAACCAUUUUGCCUGAAUGCUUCGCCCAUUUCUUUUUUUUUUUUCGCCUGCGACAAAAAAACGGUCCAACAAGAUAUAAUUAUUACGAUAUAUUCUAAUAUUCGAACGUUCCACUCCGCGAAUUUAUCCGACGAUUACGGCGGGAACAAUCGUCUUUCUCUUUUCGUUCUUCCUUCUGUUCGAGCUGUUUCUUUUUUUUGAAAAUGUGGCAAAGCAACGUUCAAGAAGGAAAAAUUAAGGGGAAAAAAAAAGAUAAUGAAAUGAUAAUUAUAAAAAUAUAAUCGAUAAUGAUAUACGUAAAUAUAAGAAAGCGAUUGGAAUGGAAAUAAAUAAUAAUUGGUGACGAAUUUUCUUAAGAAUCGUCAUGGAAACUAAUCCUUCGCGAUCGAUCGAUGGAUCUUUUUAACCGUCGUUCGAUCGAUGCCACUUUUCAAACAACAAUCUAAAACCUUCUUCUUCUUCUUCUUCUUCGCGGCAUUUUCUAUCUUUUUCUACUUUUUUGAACAAACGACACGUAUACUGCGCCUCGAUCAUCUCGGCGGCAGAAAGCGCCGAUGGAAAUAAUUCGUUCGAUUCCACGCACGAGAACGCGCCGUUCUCCGACGAUUUCAUCCUCGUUUUAUUUUUUAUAUUAACACGAUACGAUGCGCGCGUUUCUUCGUAGAAACAAUUUCAUUGGAAUCGAGAAUUUGAGCAUUGACUUUGUUUAGAAACGUGCGAUCCGACAAUUUAAUCGGCGAAGGGUGGCCCUCGUUUCCUUCCUUACCACGAAAUAUCUUUUAUAUAAUUGAAACGACAAACGGAUAAAAAAUACAAUAUUUAUUCCUGCAUUUUUAUAAUCGUGUUUAUCGAUACGAACCCAUUUAUGCUGGAAGGAGCGUUCGUCGUCUCUUGUCUUGAACUUCAUACGAUCGAAAGCUUGCAAUGAGAAUUUGGAAAUUUUGUUGGGGGGUGGAGAGUUUAAGGUGGUGGAUCGCGUGAAUGGGUUACGUUUAAAAGUUCCUUACAUAUCCCUUUGUUUUCGCGCUCGAUCGUUUCGGCUGAAUUUUAAAGCGAAUCGCCAAGUGCUUCCAUGUUGUUCCACUCGAUGGAUAAAAUUUCGACGAAGUUUUUCUCGCGCGAAACUUUUCUCACGGAAUUCGUAGUUUUGAAUCUUUAUGAAUCGAAUAUGGAAAAGAAACGGACGGUGCGGAGAAGCUCGAGGAAAGAUUCCAAGGGGUUUGGUGUUGUACGUGUGUGCGUGUGUUCGUAAUUGUGGAUCGAUGAAAGAAUUAACUUUAUUUUUAACUCGCUCGACCACUUAACGUGUAAUUAAAACGUAUCGUAUUUUAUAAUUGUUUACGAUAUAUAUUUAAGGCGAUAUUUUAUCACGAUAUUUCGAUGUUUCAGCCAAUAUCGCGAAUGAUUGCUCGCUUGUAUCGCUCAAUUUUAUUGGCUAAAUAUUGGAAUAUUAUUGAAAUUAGUUCGUAAGUUUUCAUUGUAUAAUAUUAGUUUCUAUCUUAUUCUAUUGCUUUCGAAUGCGACGUUUCUUCCAAGUUAAUUCUUUCGUUGGACGAAACCAAACCGAAAAGUCAAUUAUCCGCAACAAUCGUGCCUAUAUUCUAUCAUCAACCGAUCAUCUUCGAGCCUCGAGAUUUUUAAUACCUAAAUCUAGAGAUGAAAUUUCAUUCGAAACGAGCAUCAACUAAAAUCAAAAAUGUCAAAGAGGGUUACCCUUCGAACAACAAAAUAUAUAUAUUAGCUCAUCUCAUAAGUAUCAACUUUCUUAUUAUUAUAUCAACUCGAACGUCUCGAUUGUUCACCACAACAAUUUUCAAUCGAUUCUUCUAUUUAUCCUUUUACAAAGGAACAACUUAUGGGAUGAUCUCGUUAAAUGAUGUAACAUUUGCAAAAUCACCGUUGCAUCGAUUCUCGCGUUCAACAGCGUUCAACGAGCUCGUCGCGAAUGUCUUUCAGCCAUGCCGGGAUCAACGUGCAGCCCUCCCCCCCCCUUAGUAGUUUUCCGGUGUUUAUGCGCGCGGAUCUUUUAUUUUUCCUUGUAUGUGCUAAAACGAAUCGAGAAACGCGCGUCUCUCUCCGUCCUGUCGACGCGUUCGCGUUCAAAAGGAAAAACGGCGCGACGUUGAAUCGAGAUUCUAAAUGGAAAAGAAAAAGGAGAACUCGGAUCGAUUUCUAUUCUCUCCCCCCCCUUGUUGAAUUAUUGAUUACACGACGAUUCGUCGUUCACGACUCGUCAUCAACGGCAUUGUACGAUUCGAUAUUUUUAUAUUUCCUCCGAUAGCAAUAUCGUUUCUUCGUGUACAUUUAAAAAAAAAAAUAUAUAUAUAUAUAUAAAUUGCGUACAAACGAUUUAUAAAAAUAUAAAGAGUCGUUCGAAUCGUACAUUCGAGUCGUACAUCUUGAAAUCGUAACGAUAUUUGAUAGGCUGCGGAUUUUUAUAAUGUACAAAAAUUAUUUUAUAUCGAAUCGAAUUUUUAUGUGUAAAAUAGAGAGAGAACCGUAUCUAUUGAAACUAUUAUAUAUCUUUUGAUUCAUUUCGAGAUUGUCGAAACUCUUCUGAAUAUUUAUGUCUUAAUUUUCAGUGAUCAUUAAAUGAUAAACCUUGUUCACUUCCACAGAAGAAUAUUCCUUCAUCAUAACGAUUUCAUCAAUAUAUUAGAGACUCUAAAUUGUAGAGAUUCUAGAGAUUGUAGAGACUCUAAAUUGUAGAAUCUUCGACGAUACGAUUAAACUUUGUUACUCGAUCAAAUAAAGGAAUCGAAACGUCCAAAUGAAAAUCCGCAGUCUAAUUAACCGCUAUUAGGCAUCGCUUAAUUAUCAAACGCUGUUAAUCCCAUUGAGAUCCCAAUUAAGAAGACGAAUAGAAGCAAUUAAUCGCCGAUUAUUACACUUACACGUGGAUCGUCUUCUGGGGGAUCGGUCAUCCGAAAUCUCAGAGACGUCACGCCUUUGCUUUGAACGCAUGGUCGACCGAAGGAACCGGGUGAGGCGGUCGCGGUUUCCGGUUAAAGGGGAAAAGCGAAAAAGCGGCGCGCGGGACGAGACUCGCGCGCGUGUAGUUUAGAGAACGAGCGUAGCGAUCGAAAAUAUAAAAAGAAAAAAAAGAAAAAAAACUAGCGUGUACAUAGAGAAGAAGAGGAAAAAAAAAAAAAGAAGAAAGAGGGAGGAAGAGAUUUUCAAUGGAGAAAAGAAAAAAAAAGAAGAAAGUCAUAUUCUAUACGAGGCGUAGGGAGCAGAGUUAUAUAUAGCGGUAAUUGGGGAAGGGGGUGUAAUUGUAUAGGCUUUGCAACGAAUGUGCGCGAGAGAGAGAGAGAGAGAGAGAGAGAUGUAUGUAUAUGCGUGAGAUAUUGUUUUUAAAUUCGAGUUUUUCGAGUCUCAGAUUCGAAUCGCGGCAAACGAAUAGUUUAAAAAGGAUACUCGGAAAGGAAGGGAAAGGUGGGAAAUUUUGCUUUAUGGUUUUCCGGUAAUUGGAACUUCGAGAGAGAUGGGAAAUUUUGAUAGAAUAACACUUGUUGGAUACUUGAAAAGUAUCGUAAAAGUAGCAGUAGAUCAACAAGAUAUUUUGAAAGAGUUAUUUUUGCAAAAUCGAUCGGAUGUUGAUUGAUCGAGUCGAUGAGAUAUAAUCAGAGAUUUGUUCCAAGAUUCCCGAAGAGGAAGAAGGAUAUUCGUUAUUCGCGUGUAUUAUAAAUUUGCUUACAAAUAAUUUCGAGGCUCGUCUGAACGAACCUCGAAUGUUCGAAACACUGCCCGUUCAUCUCGACGAUCAUCCAACUCUCUCCAAUCUUCCUCUUCUUCCUUCGAAGGAAUCUUCGAACGAGUCUUACGAACGAAUCUCGAGCAAAAAUAUCCUUCGACCGAGAGACGGUCUCGAAAGAGGAAACUUAUAUUUUUCUAACUAAGAAGAGAGAGAGAGAGCAAUAACGAGAAAGAAUCGAAUCGAAGAGAGGAGGACGGUUUAUUUUUUCACUGGUUCGAAAACUAUGCGUUUGUCGCGGUUGAAAGCACACACACACGGGGGCCGGGGGAGAAUGGUCGAAGAAUGGUGGACGAAGGACGAUUACCGAUCUCGACCGAUGUCUCCCGCGCCCGCUUUCCAAACAAUCAGCGAGAGCGUCGCACUCGUCGAUGAUUAAGACGGCCAGAAAGUUACUUAAAAAAAAAAAA